AUGUUAACGAAAGAAGGUACGAGUCCUUUGAAGAAGUCUAGGACUUCAAAGAAGACUGAGAUCAUCAUUUAUGAGCCGAUUGUUAAAGAAACGAAGACAUCAAAGUCUCCAAAGACGAAGACUGAUGAGGUAGUUUCAAAAGCUGUUAUAAAACCUAUUGAACUUGUUGUUAUAGAACCAACUUCAGUUACCAUUCCUUCGAAGACUGGAGUUUUUCGCAAAUUAAAGCUGAAGUAUGGUGGUUCUCCUACUUCGAAUGUGGUUCACAAGCCUCAUCUUACUCAUCAAGGAGCACUUAUGCGUCAAGUCCCAACUCCAGUUUCUCCUCACUCAAAGAAACGAAGGGCUGUGGAUAUGGCCAAGAAGAUUUUGAAGAAGAAAAAGAAGAUGAAGAAGAAGCAGUUAGUCAUUCCAAUGAAAUCAUCUGAAGAAGAACAAGUGCCAGAAACACCCGAACCCAAACCUAUUAUACAACCUACUUCUCCUGAGAAGAUUGUUGUCAUUAUUCCCGAAGUUUCGUCUACCAAAUCAUAUUAUGAGGAGGUACGAACGUCAGAUAUCACUGUAAAUGUAUCUGAUACAGUUGCAAAUGUCAUCAUGGGUGAAGGAGACCUAACGAAGGAAACUACUCAACCUCCACAAGGAGGCUUUGGCGGUACUUUUGAAGAUUUGGCUUUUGAUGAAGAAGAGGAGGAUUUCCCUGAUCAUAUGCUUAUGUCGAUGAAACAAUUCAAGAUAUUGAAUAAAAAGUUAAAUUCAAUUAUUUCGUCACAAGCAGACAUGGGAGGAGGAAGUUCAUUGUCCAGUUUCGAAGUUGAUGGACUGAUGAAGGCUUGUGAGGCACGAAUGUUGAGCAAGAUGUUUGGUAUGCUUAAAGACUUGGAGUUGAGAAUAAUCGAGAAGAUAGAUCAUGUUGAACAUACAACAUAUUUGAGGAUAAAUUCUUUCAACUCCAAACAUGUGGGAGUUGUGAAAGAAUUAAGAAACGUUCAAAAGGAAAGACAUACUUUGUUCGUAAGGGAUGUGAAGAAGGUGAGAGAAGAUGUAAAUUUGAAGCUUCAAGAGCUUCAAAAUGACAUGGUUCGUGAAGUUAUAGUUGUUCAAAAUAACUAUGCCACUUUGCAUAAGAAAUUUGAUAUCAUUUGUGAUGCUAUCACGAAGUAUGUUACGUUGUAUGAAAGCUUGAGUCCUCAAAUUACUCAACUUUCUACAACUGAAAAUUAA